AAGAAGAAGAAGAAGAGGAUAGAAUAGAAGGGGAGGAGGAGAGACGAGAGGAGUGGUUGUGGCCAUGGCCAUGGCGGCCGCCGUCCACCGCUUCCUUGGCGUAUUUCCCGCCCCGUCGACGCCCACGCCUCCGCCUCGACAACUAUCGCCUCGCCCCCAUCACAUUCCUCCUUCCCUCGUCCGAUGUUGUUCCUCGUCCCCCGUAUGCGCCGCCACAGUUGCAGUUGCACAACCCCAAGAGUUCGUCGUCGUCACCUUCUAUAAGUUCGUCUCCAUCGACGACCCCCGCGCCGAGGUGUCCAGGCACCUCCACUUCCUCCAGGGCCGCGACAUACAUGGCCGCAUUUACAUGAACGAGCAGGGAAUCAAUGCCCAGUACAGUGGUCCACAUAAAGAUGCGGUAGCAUAUGCAGACUGGCUUAGAAAAGACCAUCGAUUUCGUGAUCUACUUGUCCAAACUUCACCAUCGUUAUGUGGCCAUGCUUUUCCUCGCUUGAAACUGCGGUACAAACCAUCGCUUGUUCAGUUGGAAGGAGGUUGUUCACAUCUUCCUUUGGUGGACCCUAGCAUGCGUGCUACACCAUUGACUCCAUCAGAGUGGAGGGAAAGACUUGAAGCUAGAAAAUGCCUUGAUGUGUCAUCGAGUGAAGCAGCUGGAGAUAGCUCUGGAAGGAGGCUUUUGCUCCUCGAUGUCAGGAAUGAUUAUGAAUGGGAUAUUGGACAUUUUCAAGGAGCUCAGCGACCUAAUGUGGACUGCUUCAGGAGCACAUCCUUUGGGCUCUCAGAGUCAGAGCAGGAGAUGGAUUCUUCAGAUCCUCUAAAUGGUAUAGACAAAGAAAAUACAGAUAUAUUAAUGUACUGCACUGGUGGCAUAAGAUGUGAUGUGUAUUCAACAAUUCUUAGGAAGAAGGGCUUCCGGAACCUGUAUACAUUGAAGGGAGGAGUGUCCAAUUAUCUGAAGGAGGAGGGGUCUGCAGGAUGGGUGGGGAAUUUGUUCGUGUUUGAUGGACGGCUCUCCCUGCCACCGGCAACGUACAAGCCUGGAGCAGGUGAUGAUGAUGAUGAGGAGGAGGAGGAGGGGAGAAACAGAAGCAGUUCAGAGCUGGGGAGAUGCUAUGCAUGUGGGUCAGAGGUGGUUGAGUUGAGGCACCGGAACUGCGCAAACAUCGACUGCAACCGGCUUUACCUGUGCUGCGGGCGAUGCGUGGAGGAGCUGAGAGGAUGCUGCGGUGAGGGCUGCACCGCCGCGCCUCGCCUGCGACCGCUGCUGCCAUCACACCAGAGAUACCACAAGUGGCAUCUCUACCGCCAUUUGGACCUGGGGGCACCAUCAUCUCCAUCCUAGCUUACUAGUAUAGUACUCCAUGCUGCCAUGCAUUUGGAUGGAUUGGAUUGGAUUUUCCUGUUGUUUCCUGCACGCUUAACUGUGCGUGUAGUCUCAUCUGUCAUGCCCCAAGUCUCAAAUCUGCCUGCCUUCUUUCAGCUUCAGUUGGUACCAAAGCUGACUCACCUCCACGACGACCUUCUCUUAAUUUUCCUCUUGGCCAGCCUCCUCUUUACUUUCGGUGGAUUCCUAUGUAUAGUCCCUUUAUUGAUUAUGUAUAUUUUGAUUAGGGACACGUCUACACGGCGACCACUUCAUCCCAAGUGUAAACCCUCCUUUUCAGCUUCUAAAAAUAGCAAAAGAAGCACUUUGCAUGGAUGUACCCCGACUGACCGAUACCAUUGGAAAUAAGGGUAUGAAAACAGUAUGGAAAUUUUGCGUGUUCGUAUCUCAA